ACCAAUCACGACUUGUUUCAGCUUGACACACUAUUUUUAUUAAACUGGCCCUGUAAAGAUUACAGGGAUUAUCGCUUCAUGAACAGUUCACUAUGAUUACCUCUCUCGUUCCCUCGCAGAACAUUGCACAGUGGGUUUGUGCUGUCUUGAUCAUCGCCUUUAUUGCACAAGCUUCUCUGGUGACUGCCUGUUCUGACGGUAAGACUAAAGUUCAAGAAAAAGCAUCUCUCAAGCCUCGGUGGAUGUAUAAAGUACAAUCUCCAGGUUUCCCAAACAAUUAUCCUCCCAACACCAACUGUUCCUGGACUUUCACUGCACCAGGAGAUUACGAGCUUUUGGUUGCUUUAAGACACUUCCAGGUGGAACCUUCCAAGGAAUGUCGAAGCGAUUAUCUGCAUGUGUCAUUUACUGACCACCCUAUUCCUAACUGGCGGCGGUAUUGCUCAGUUCUGUCUGAUAACUACAUCAACUCUUUACACUUGAAGCGUAAGAUACAUUUAGUGCCCUCUCAACGAAUGACUCUUCUGUUUAUAUCUGAUAACAGUUCUGAGUUCAAAGGGUUUGAAGGAGAAGUGAGACUCAUUGCACCAGCACUUGUUCCUCCCAAUAAUAAAGAGGAGUACUGUGUAAAUCGUCUGAAUGAUACAAGUGGUACCUUUUCAAGUCCUAAACACCCUCAUCCAUACCCGACCAAUAUGUCAUGUACUUGGCACAUCGCUGUGCCUGAUGGGAAAAAAGUUCAUCUAAGGUUCACCUCAUUUGAUCUGGAAAAUGCAACGAACAAGGAUGGAGACUGCACCAAUGAUUACGUAGAGAUUCGUGAGGGAGUCUGGGGCCGACGUGGAGGAAUAAUUCUUGGCAGGCUCUGUGGUAAUAAAGAUACUCGUAAAGUAAUUGAGUCUCCCUCURACCAGAUGUGGGUUCGUUUUGUUAGUGACAAUGAUCCCUCUAACAAACACAAAGGAUUUUACGCUGAAUUUAAGGAUUCAACGUGGAGUUCUGGAUCAAGGUUUUUGUCAUCGUUCAAUUAUAUUUGUGUUGGAGUUAUCUUCGUGUUUAUAUGGUUUUAAAUGAAGUCUAUAGGUUAUAUUAGUUGUCGAGAGAAAGUGUAGCCGAGAUAAGCAAGACGUUUGAGCUGUGCGUGUGUCCUCUGAUAUAAACAUGGAGUUUUCAAACGUUUCGACCAAUCAAAGCGCGCCUAGCAUCUCAAAUAUUUUACGAAUAGUUAUAUAAACGGUCAAUAAAUUCUUGAUUUUA